AUGAAGCUUGGGAUAGUGAUAAUAACUCAAAGAUUUCAUGUUAAAACACCACCUAAACUUACACGAGAACCAGAAGAACAACGUGUUCCAUUGGGUGAAACAUCAAAAGUUAAAAAAGAUGAUCAAUCAUCAGCUGAUGAUGAUCGUGUACAUACUGAACGAGAAGAUGCUGGUACAUAUGCAAUUAAUGUUGCUAAUGAUUCAGGAUCAUGCAAUGUUCCUUUGAAAGUUAAAAUCAUUGCACCACCACUUCCUCCAACUGGUCCACUUGAAAUAUCAAAUGUAUCGAAAGAUCGUGCAACACUUUCAUGGAAACCACCAAAAGAUGAUAGUGGUAGUAAAGUAACUGGUUAUGUUGUUGAACGACGUGAUACAUCAAAAGGAGCCGAUGUUUGGAUACCAGUUACACAAGCAUGUAAUGAAACAACAUUUACUGUUCCAUCAUUACUUGAUGAACAUGAAUAUGAUUUCCGUGUUAUGGCUAUUAAUGAAAAUGGCACUAAACUACCUGGUUCACCUGGACAACCAAAUAUCACUGGAAUGACAAAUAAUACUGUCACACUUAAUUGGGAUAAACUAACUUCCGAUGAUGAUGUUCCUAUAAGUGGUUAUUGGAUUGAAAAACGUGAAGGAAAUACUGAUAAAUGGAUGCCAGUCAAUAUGUCAAUCAACACAUUUUACAAAAAUGAAGCUGGAAAAGGAACACCAUCUGAUGCAACCACACCAACUAAAGUUAAAGAUCCAAAUGCAUCUACUACUGCACCAGAAUUUCUUAAAAAGUUCAAAGAUACAAAAGAAAUUUCUCAAGGUGCUAAAUAUACUAUAACACGUGAUGAUGAUAAAUGUAUUUUGGUUAUUAAUAAUGCUACACCAGAUGAUGCUAUUGAAUGGAGUAUUAAAGCACGUAAUAAAGGUGGUUCAAGAAUGUGUCGUUGUAAUGUUAAUGUUCGAUCACCACCAAGAUUUCGUUUACCACCCAAUUAUCAAGAUAUUCUUAAUUAUGAUAAAGGUGAAUCAAUUGUUAUUAAAAUUCCUUAUAUUGGUAGUCCAUUACCUAAUGUAAUGUUAUCGAAAGAUGAAAAUGAUAUAACAAAAGAUAAAAAUGUUUCACUUGAUGUUAGUGAUCGAGCUAUUAUAUUAUCUAUUCGAAAUGGAAAUAAAAAUACAACUGGUCAUCAACCAGAACGAGUUACACUGAAACAUGGAAAUAUCUCUGAUUAUUAUGAUAUUGAUGAAGAAAUUGGACGUUAA